CUUAACUUUCUGCCGCAUUUCACUUUUGAUUACUGAUACAUACUACAUAUAUCUGUCAACAUCAGCAGAAUACACCACAAUAUUUGUUGCUGAAAGUAAUUAAUCUAUUGAUUUUGUAAAUUAUAUACACAUACUGAAUUAACAGUAUAGAGUUGUGGAGAUUAUUAAGUUUUUGAUUGAGAUCAUGGGCCGAUUGAUAUUAGACUAUCAUUGAAAACCUCGAAGUACUGGACGAUCAUUUCGUCCCAUUGUACAACUCCUCAACAGUGUGUAUCCACAAUCCCGUUCACGGGAUUCGAACCCAAGGCGUUUAGUCUCGCACAGGAAUGCUUAACCUCUAGACCACUGAAUCGGCUGAGGAGUCCUACAAUAGGACGAAAAGGCUAUCCAAUGCUUCCAGAUUUUCAAUAGUGGUCUAACAUCAAUCGGUUUAUAAUCUUAAUCAAAAAACAUACUGAAUUAUUGGUUCAUUAAUAUUAACUACAAUUCAUUCAAUAUAUACUUAACAAAUGCAUUAACUUUUAUUUCAGAAUAAGUUUAUCUAUCUAUCUAUCUAUCUACAUCAACACUGAAGAGAAAAUGGUCUCCAACUAUGGUCGAUAUUCCAAUUGUACAUCUCCAACCUUACAUAAAACAGACUAUACAUCACAUUCUAAUCGACUAAAUUUUGAUGUAGAUAAUAAACCUGUUACACCUUGGAUACGUGGAGAAGUUAUUCAUGAGGGAAUGAUACCCGUUGAUAAGGGUUAUGUACAAAAAAAUAUAUUUGGUCGACGUUACUAUGGAAACAAUAAUAUGAAAUUUUAUCAAUCUGGCAGUACUGGAACUGGUGGUGGUGGUGGUGGUGGUGGUGGUAACGUUUACAAUUAUUAUGGUCGUAAACGUGGUCGAACAUACAAUCGACAUUAUUAUCAUGAAGGUCAACGAGCUUAUAAUAAUAAUAAUAAUAAUAAUAGAUCAAGAUAUCCAUUUACUUGUUCACCUACUGUAUAUCCACUUUCACGUAGUCAAUCUAGUUACAAUAUUGACUCCGAUAUAAAUAAUAAUAAUAGUAAUGAUAAUUAUCAUUAUGAUUAUAAGAAUCAUGGAAGAGUUCAUCGUUAUUCCAAUUGUAGUUAUACAAUGAAUAAUGAACAAUUAACAGAUGAAUAUAUUGAUGAUUGUUUAUCUACAGAUAUUGAACAAUAUCAAUUAAAAUUAGAUAUGAAUGAUCAAUAUAUUCAUCAUAAUUAUAAAUCUAAACAUUUAACAAUAACAAAUAAUGAUGUGAAUAAUGUUGAUGAUUGGACUAAAGUCAAAACAUCAUCACCAUCAUCCUCUACAUCAUCAUCAUCAUCAUCAUCAUCAUCAUCAUCAUCAUCAUCACCAUCAACAGAUUCUGAUUUUGUAUCCAAUGAUAUCAGUCAACCAUCAUCAUCAUCGUCGCCGUCAGCAUCAUCAUCACCGUCGUCAACAUCAUCAUCAUCGUCAAAUCAUCAAAUAAUCAAUAGUCAUUUACAUAAUGAAUCUAAACAAUUACAACAUAAAUGUAAAAGUUCUUUAAAUUUAUCAACUUCAUGUAUAAUUGUAUAUGAUACAAAUAAUAAUGAAGAUUAUAUUGAUGUAAAUCAUAUUCAUGAUAAUGUAGAAAAUCAAAGAGAAUCCAUCGAAUAUGAUAAUAAUCAGAAAGAUUGUGAUCUACCUGAAACGUUGGAAAAUAGUUAG